AUGGUCGUGAUAAAUAGUUUCGAAUGUAAAACCGUUGGAAGAGGUAUAGGUACGAAUUCAACAAACGUACGUCAUCAAAUUAUAAAAACAACAGAUUGUAAAAAAAUCCUGAAUUGUACGAGUACGCCGACGAGAAAAACAAUAUUGAAAAAAAAUUUUCCAAUCGAUAGAAAAUCGAUAGAAUCCGGUUUGAAAAAUGAUUUGGUUCAAACGAAAUCGCCAACGACGACGACGACGAUGACGAGAGUGGCAGCGGCAGCAGCAGCAGCAGCAGCAGCCGCGGCAGCUGCGGCGGCUGCAGCGACAAAUUCAAAAGCUAAAAAACCCGGGAUAAAAAAUAAUUUAAAUAAAAAAGAAAAAAAUUCGAAAAUUUUAAAUAAUAAAAUUCAGCAGGAUGUUAAAAUGGAAAAAAGGAAAACGACGAAAGGAAAAUUGCGUGAGGUCGUUGUCGAAGAUGCGUUCGCCAUGAUGGAAAAUGAGAAAAUAUCUUACGAUGAACCAAUGAAAAAAAUAAAUUCCAAUGAUAAUAAAACUCUUUGUUUGCUAUUGAAAAAACCCAUAAACGAUUCGGAAAGUGCAAUUUGUUUAAAUUUAUACAAUCGUUCAAUUCGAGAUUUGGCCGUGCCGGAAGAAGAAGAAAAAGAUAUCGAAAUGGAAGAUAAAUUAAAAAGCGUCAUCAAUUUCGAAUGCGAUUGCGGGUACACGAAUAAAGCCAGAGUCACGGGGUCAUCAUGGAGGUUAAACGUGAAAAAUUCAUUGGAUAAAAAAUAUUACGCGGAUUCGGACACAAACGAUAACGAUAUUAAACUAAAAGAGAGUAUUAAAGUAUCAAACAUUCCCCUCGCGUAUUCAAAUGAAGAAUUUUUAAAUAAAGUUUCGGCAACACCUACGAUAACAAUGGCAACAACGGAAACUAUGACGGUGCCCUCUAUAACGACCGUUACGACAACCACAGUGAGCAAACCUAAACUGUUAGAUUUUGAAAAAUUAAAAUAUACGAAUUGCAAUGCAGAACCUAACACGAAUUACACUCUUCACCUACUAGAAAGUUACCAUCAGCAAACGUUAACGAGAAAGGAAAGCGGAUUCAUCGAUAAGCAAUUAAGUUUUACAAAAUUGCGACAAACGACGUCAAAAUCAUCCAACAGUUGCUUGAAAGGUAACGUGAAUAAAAAAUCAUCAACGGAAAAUGAAAUCGAGUGCGGCGGAUUGAUGGCGGAAAAAAAUAAGGCGAAAAUUGAUUCCGCGGUAAAAAAUUCAUCGGAUGUAAAACCGGAAAUCGUGAGCGUUGGUAAUGGCAAUGGCAAUGGCAAUGGCAAUGGCAAUGGCGCGAAAGUUAAAAAACUUACGACAAACACGAAAUUCGAUGGGACCAUUAUAAGUGAAUACAAACCACCGACUGGACGGGGGAUGCAAACGUUUAGGCAAAAACAAGAAGGAACGCAAAAAUCCGAUCCGAUUUUAAAAAGUCAAGGGAAAAAAUCAUCCGACAAAACCGGAAAUUUAUCCACGACCAUCAUUCGGGAAAACAACGUAGAGGAAAAAAUAUCAAGUUCGACGGUUACGAAAUCGAAUUUUCCUAAAUCAAACACGAAAAUAAACGAAUUCGAUAAUCGGACGCAAAAGAAAAUCCUAAGGAAAGCCAAACCGUUUGUUAAUAAUCCUCGUUUGUCGCUCGAAACGUCGCAAGGAAACAAUCAAAACGCGGUCGCUGCGGUGACGGUGGCGGUGGCGGUGACGACGACGACGACGACGACGACGAAGAAGUUUAAAAAUUGUUUGGAAAAGGAAAAACCUUUAUCGAGAAUUUUAAACGUUGAACAAAGCAACGAUUCGGUUAAACACAGAAAACUAUACGAAGGAAAACAUUCGUGUGGCACACCUAAAGAACUCGAAAAUCACUAUUCCGACGAUAAAAACGAUGACGUCGGUGAUAUAAAUGACGUCACACUUCCGGUAGAACCGGAAAUAAAGCCAAAACUCGAAAUAAAAUUUGAUUUAAAAUCCGAGGAUGAAACGAUCGAACAAAUGGAAAAAUCGAAAUCCGACCUCGACAUAACUGAAAACCUUACACCGGAAGACAAAUCAAUCACUUUACCCGAAGAUGAUGAUAAUAAUAAUAACACUAAUACUACUACUACUAAUAAUAAUAAUAUUAACACUACUACUACUAAUAAUAUUAAUACUAACACUACUACCACUACUAAUAAUAAUAAUGAUACGAAAAAUUGGCAAACGAAAAACGAACCUAAAAAAGAAACAAGAGCGGACAACGUGACGCACGGAAAAGUCAACAUCAAUUUAUUUUCAACGGUACUUCCGGUAAAACCUUUUACGUCAUCGUCGUCACUAAAGAAAAAAUUAAAAAUUAAAAAACCCGCGAAAAGCAUAUUGAAAAAUAAAAAGAAAAAACUGCCAUCGGAUCCGAAAAAUUCAAUUUUCUUAACGAGCGGCGGUCAUUACAAUUCGGUCACGGCUUUUAAAAAUAACAUGAAAGAACGUAAACCGGAAAUGAAAAUAAGAAACGGUUUGACAAUAAGCAAACACGAGAGUUUACUAGACGAGGAUUUGAAUAGGAUAUUUCAAGAAGUUGCCGCCAUUAAUCUCAAGAGAAGAUGUAGCGAACCUAAUUCGUUUAAGGGUUUCGUUUGGAAACCCGAUUUGAAUAUAUUUAAAAAUGAUAAAACUUCAAUGUCGUCACUCGCAUCAAGUUUGAGACAUUUAAACACGGACGACAUUGAAGAUUUUAGAGUUUGGGAAUCUACACCGAUGACUAUAACAUCCUGUUGGGAAUUAUCCCUGUACCACGGGAGGAGGCCAUGGUCCCUUUUGAGUUGUUCCGUUUUCAAAGGGAACAGAAUUUCCGAUUCGCCUAAUUCAAUUCUGGAUAAUUUAAGAUGCGGUGGAAAGAUGAACAUGAGUCAAUUAUUAUACGACAGAGACGAUUACAAUUGUUCGGAUUAUAGCAGUUCAUUCGAUAUCGAGCCAUCGAUCGCACAAAAAAAUAUCGAUAUUAAAAAUUGGUUGUCGGCAUUUAGUUUCACAACGACUUCGUCAUCGAACGAUACGAUUAUUUUACCCAGAGUGAACGAAUCGAGAAAUAAAGUUCAGCAUCGCAACGUGAAAAAAAAGAACACGAUAAAAAAGAUAAAAUUCGGGGAAGGUUCGAAUAAGAAAAAAAUAGAAAAUAAUAAAAGGAAAAAUCAAAAAGAUUCACGUAACGACGUGAUGAAAAUAAAAAAGAGAAAAUCCGGAAGUUACGUAGCAGUAGACAGAUAUAAACACGUGGGAGGAGAAUCGAAAAAUUACGAAUAUUUGAGUUAUUAUCGGGAAAAUUAUUCACACAUGGGUGAACCUUUCGCACCGGAAAUAACAUUUUCAAGCGACGAAGAAUUAUAUCCGUUAAAUAUUAAUUACACGACGGAUUCGUUCACAUUGACAGACGACGAAUCAUCUUUCAUAAUUCCCGAACGUACUCAAUCGAGAGUCGACUGUUUUUAUAAACCGUUAACGGAAACGGAUUCGACGGAAAUAAAUUCAAAAUCUCAACCUCCUCCAACGCCUAAUGACACGUUUAAAGGAAUAACCGAAAAUCCGACGUGUAAAUUAUUGAGAUACAUUUUUUUAAUGUCCGUCGCGAUUAUUAUUUAUUUUUGUGUUAAUAAAUUUUCAAAUUUCGUUUGA